UGACGGGAAUACUGUGUGACGGACUUAAUACGCCGCUGGGCCGUGCAACUAUAGAAAUUUCGCACUUUUCGCAAGUACGUUGUACGUGGUGUCUUCAGCUUGACAAAAAUCGUUGGAAAGAAGUUAACGAGAACAACGAUGGCUAGCAUAAUGGCAAUGCGGUUGUGCAGAACAGCUGGUCCCAAAUUGAGACCAAUUACUACGAACAUUCGAACGAUUUCAACAACGGCACCAGUUCGCAGCAGUGGCGGCUCACAUUCUGGCUUGUGGACUGCUGAGCGGGCCCUUUCAGUUGGACUGAUUGGAGUUAUACCAGCAGCCUUAGCAUUUCCAUCGCAAGGAUUAGACGCAUUGAUGGCUGUCUCGAUUGUCAUGCAUCAGCAUUGGGGUUUGGAUGCUGUGGUAGUAGAUUAUGUACGUCCCGCUGUGGUCGGUAACGUCCUCCCUAAAGUAGCGCGAGGUGGCUUGUUCUUACUGUCGGCGGCAACGCUUGGAGGUCUUUUGUAUUUCAGUUAUAAUGAUGUAGGUUUGUCGAAGUCUAUCAGAAAGUUGUGGGCAAUCAAAGGGCAGUAAGAAUCAUCAUUCAUUUGUCAUACAGGAAACCUUGUGAAAAAUAAUAAUAGUUUAUAAAAAG